AGGCUUGUCUGACUGGGCCCCUUUGAGUCCUCCCUUUACAUUCCUAAAUUUCUGUAAAGGAGGCACUGGCAGCUUUGCCUAGUGAGAGGAGGGGUUGGGGGAAAGGGAGGAAGUUUCUCCGUUUCUGAUUAUGCGCAGAGUUUCCUUGUACUGAGCUUAUGUUCUCCACCCACUACUUAGUAAGAACUCCUUAACAACUUAAAGCUUUAUCCCUGUGAGUACCAGAAAAGUGAUUUGAGUAUUUAUUGAGCAGGGAGAACAAACUGCUUGCUCCAGGCAGGGAGACAGCUUAUGGAAAUGAUAUUAGACCUUCAGCAAAGUGCACAGCUGCAUCAUACAGAAGCUGAGACUCAAACUGACAGGCAAAUAAGCCAGAUCAAGGAAGGGGCCUCUGUGUGGCAGCUCUGAGCUACCAAGUGUUGGACAACUAGGCAAAAAGUGCAGUGGAACAGGGCAGAAAAUAGCACACUAACUUCAGGCAACUGUUGCUUUUUCAUGGCCUGGAAAGCAACGUUUUCUGUCAAUAGCAGCUUCUGUCUGGUGUGAUGCCCCAUUCUUGUGCUGACGCUACAUGUAGUACUGAGCAGUACUGGAAAGGGGAAGAGGUCUCUUGGAAUAAGGAAAAAGGAGUAAAUCUAGCAACAUGUGUAGCAGACUCAAGUUGGAGAAUACUAUCAAGGCAGAAACAAUCAAGCUCUUCAGAUACUCAUAGCAUGAAGUCAAAGCCAUGGAUGUUCACCACUCUUAGAUCCGGGGGCAGAGGGAAUUGCAACAAGUACUGUCUGCAGUCGCGCGGCUGGUGGUGUGGCACAGACAGAGCAAGGGUUACAUCAAGGCUGUUCUCUGGACCGUGCAAACAGUCUAGACCAAUGACCUGCAGCAUCAUGCCCUUUGAAGAAGAGGCAAGUUCGGUCACGACGAAGAAAAAUCAAGGCGUACCCCUUUUAACAAUAGGGAGCAGCUCGUGGCUGCAAAGAGGAUUUUGUCAUGCUGCACAUCCUAAGAAGUUACUAGAUGAAGUAAAGGCAGAAAAACACAGAGGAGAGCCUGGGUUAUGGUUUGUUUGGUGCCUGCCUGCCUUUCAGUUUUGCAGCGGAAGCAUUGAUCGUUCUUACCACCUCACAACCUACAGAGCACUUAGGGGAGGCACCGGAGAUUUCCAGUGCAGCACCUCAAAACUCCAGCAGAAGACAACAGGGGAGAUGUGUUUUGAAUGUACAAAAAUGACAUAAAAAACAGGUGCUCUGAAAAACAUCAGUCCACAGGAAGCAUAUUUUGCAUACCCAAAAGAAGCUGACCUUGACAGUUUUGUGCCUGUAAAACAGAAGUAAUGCUACUGGUACUUUUCCACUCUAGGGUCUCACAUAUGUAUGUGUUGUAUAAGCGAUGAAGGUUUGUGGAGCACAUGGAUAGUAUAGUACUUGCCAAAAACCCAACUCUUUUAGAAAUUAAUAAUGUGAAAAUAAGUUUUAGGUGAUCGGAAUGAGACAAAAAGAUGUGCUGAAAGGCUGCUUAGACAUUGACAACUUUCCUUUCUGAGUGAGGCCUGUUCAGAUUUUAUAUUGUCAUAUAAAGACUGCUCUGCAAUGAGAACAUAAAAUAAGACUAGCUACCCAGGAUUGUUUCUUAUUCCUAAUGUGUUUUCAUAGUAGAAUAUAUGUGUAUAUUAAAUAUAUAUUAAUGCCUGUGCAUAUGAAAUAAAACCCCAUAUUCUGAACUUAUGUUGAGGUUACAAAGUUGAGCAGAAAAUAUUUUACAAACGCACAUAUCUGGAAAUUUAUAGACAGAUUUUAUUAAGAUAUUAAAUGUUUAUUUUUCUUCUGAUAGGUACUCUAUUGGCACUCCUUGGAUACAAUUUUUAAAAUGUUCAGAUUCAAAGAACAUUUUUCUAAGAACCUUUGGAGUCAGUGGUUUUGAUCAGCUUCUCGAAGCAUGCUUCAUUUUUGGGUAUCUUUUUACAGAAAUGAUGGUUGAAUAUGAUGUCAGAUGAAAAUUUGGGAAAAAACAAGAUUUUUAUUUUUAUUUUUAUUUUUUCAAGUCUUCCAGGAAAUGUUUAUGUUCCUUAGUCAAAGGUUUUAUAUUUGGUUUUCUGAAUCAUCUUUAAAAUUUGGUGACAAUUCUGCUCAGCAUAGUUGUGUCACAACGGAUACCAGUAGAGUAACAGUGAAAGGCAUUAUUAAUUUAUUUUUAAAGUGAUGUUUUCAAAGUCAACAUGAUUAUGCAAAUGUAUGUCAUAACAUCAGUAACACUAUUAAAUCUCUACAAAUAAAUGCAUCAUCAUUUUUAUUGUGUUAUGCCUCAUCCAGUGGCAUAUAUCAGAGAUUUUGUUUUAUUCAAGAAUGAUCAGUGUAAUUAUUAUUGACAUGGCAUUCAAAUUUUGCAAAACCAAAACUGAGACUGGUCAUUAGGAAAAAUAAGCAACCAUUAACAAGAGUUGGACAUGCGAAAAAAAAAAUCAAGGUAUUUUAUAGCCCCUGUAGGGUGACAACUGCUAACUGGCUAUGUAACUCAUGUGCCAAAAUGUGUAAUUUGUUAACCUUUCUCUCCUUCAUCUUGUUCACCAAAAGGUCAUAGUACAGAAAGAACAAGAGAUUUUGAUUAUUUCCCUGGUUUUGCUGAAGAACCAUUUUAUGGAAAACACACGCAUUUACAAACCUAAAGGCAUAUGGGAUUAAAAGCAACUCAAGUAAGAAUGAAAUGUAGGUGGAAGAGGAUGUAUAGCUGACUGUGUUAGUGUGAUAAGCAGGCGGAGCAAACAAUGGGUGCCAUUGUUCUUGUGUUAUUUGUAGUUAUGUAAAGUGAAAGCAGACUGAAAAACAGUAAUGCUAAUUCCAAAGUGUACUAAGAACAUGCAGGCUCUAGAGAUGAGUAUCAGUGUGACCUUGUCUUAGGCGAUGACCAGGGAGCUAUAAGAAAGGACAACACGGACAAACUCUGGGCUAGGAAUAAUACAUCUGAAGCAAAGGACUUGGCUGGAUUUGAGCAUGUCAGGAUAAAGUUUGUGAUAGCUAGAGAAGAAUGCCUUGAUAUAAUUGAAAGGUGGUAUUCUGGAACAUGGGAGAUGCAUUUGGUUGAGGAGUUAGGUGGGAAAGGUCAUGCAUAUAGCUGAUGCAUGAAGAGAGAGUAUCCUGUCUAUGGAAGGCAUAAAGGGAAAGUCUGCAGUCCUGUCAGUGAAGGCCAGAUGUUAAAUGUUUUAGAAAAAUUGGAAAAAAAAAAAAAUCUUUGGUGGGGACUUCUGCGAAACAAAGUCCGGAACUUUUGGUUUAGCCAUGCCCAGCUUGAGGUGGUGACCAGAUGUUCAUAGAGAGAUAACGGAAAGGCAGUAUGAGCGUUUAAUUUGGAUAAAAGGAAACUAAAAGAUUAAAAAGAGUGUGGGAUGGUAUGAGUACGUGAGUUGUAAAUUGGCUGUCUCCAUGUAUAUGCUACAGAGAUGAAGUGUUGUGUAUGUUUGCUUUUUCAGUGAUUUGAGUGACAUCUAGUUCAUUUUUGUUUGAUCUGCUUGGAAGCCAGGUGGAGUUUGAGAGACAUCUAAUAAAAAUGGAUUCAUCAAUACUUGUUGUAUAAGCCAAGAAGUAUUUACACUGGGUAAAAAAAAUAAAAAUAAUAAUAAAAAAAUCCCCUCCUUAAUGUUAGAAAGCCUAGAUAAGACCAUUUGAGUAAAACUGUCUCCUUAAACAGUAGAGGCUGUUACAAAAGAAAUUCUGAAUAACUGCUAAUGAGAAAAGGCAUAAGAUAGUUUGGUUUUAAACCUUGUGGUAUUUUUCCAUUUCACUUUGCAAUCAUCUUCACUCAGAGCUGUUGGGGAGUGUUACAGACAGUGAGAUGUGGGUCAGUACUCAGUGGUGGUUUGAAGAAAGGACAGGGCAGGUAAGUAGCAAUCUUAUUUACAAGUCAUUUCGUGUUUUCAUGAGGAUAGCCAGUCCUGUUGAGAAUGGUAAGAUUGCCUGGUAUUGACAUUUAUUCAAACCUUUCAAAUGAGGUACAAAAGAUUGCUGGUUGGUUUGUUUUUGUUGUUGUUGUUUUGUUGGUUGGUUGGUUGGUUUGGUUUGUGUGUGUGUGCUUGUGUUUUCCCCAGACGAUGUUAGUGUAAAUGUUA